ACGUGCAGCUACAUCGUAGACAAAACAACAUGGUUCAGUGGUAUUCAAAAAAGAUGCGUAUAUAAAAUGGCAAAGUCAUGCAAAAAAUACGUAAACACAUUCAUAUUACCAGUGUUUUAUACGUAUUACUGUCUGUUAUUACUAUGUCUAGUGUUUCUGGAUGCUGUCUUGUCUACACCAACAGGCGGUGCUAAACCACUGAGACACACCGCGAACAGAUGCUCUGGGUAUUACGAAAUUAUAACCAAUUUGCCUUUUAUGAAUGAAUCAAAUGUGGUUUAUCUGCUGUAGCACCGACGGCGAGGGAUGAACUACGGUGUUGAUACAGCGGCUCCUCUCCUUUAAUCGGCGUCAGGCAUGUUGUUCAAGAUGGGGAAACUCAAACUACUCAACACGAUUGCUCCUGCAUACUUCUACGCUGCAACCGUGGUCACAUUCGCUCUCCACUUCCUCCUUUUCACGCCCACUAUUUUCCAAAGCUCAGAUGUGACUAUAAAUCCCGCAAUGCUGGCUCACAUCAGUAUCUUUCUAUUCCUCAUGGGGAAUGCGCUGGGUAAUUACAUCAUGACUAUACGGAACCCAUCCGAGAGUGCCAACGAGACCGUUAUCCCAGUCUGUUCACCCGACUGCCCGGACAGAAUUGAUGCGCACUACCUCCUGAAUGGACGCCACUUCUGUAAAGUGUGCAAAAAGGUGAUUCUAAAACGGGACCACCACUGCUUUUUCACUGGAAACUGUAUUGGGAACAGGAACAUGCGCUACUUUAUUAUGUUCAGCAUCUAUACGUCCAGCUCUUGUCUAUAUUCAUUGGUAAUAGGGGUGGCAUAUCUGACAAUAGAGUACUCUAUUUCCUUCGAGAACCCAUUGACGUUCCUCACUCUUCUGCCACUCUCAACUGGUUACUUCUUCCUUGGUUUGAUUUCAGGUCUCCAGUUCUUUCUGGUGAUAAUGCUGUACAUCUGGCUGGGUAUUGGAUUAGUGAGUGUUGGUUUCUGCUGUCAACAGCUUCUGCUAGUGGCCCGAGGACAGACCUGGUGUGAACUGCAGAAAGGCCAGUUGUCGGAGUGUCGUGGUACCUGGCGAGCAAACCUGACUGACGUUUUUGGUUCCCAUUGGGUUCUGGGACUUUUCGUGCCGGUUCCGACUGUCGAGACUGUACCUGGAAACUGGCAGGUCUACCAUGAUCACAAACACGACUGAAAACUUGCCAAAUCACUCUGUUUACCUUAAUUUGGACCAUAUAAGGGCUUCAGUUCAUUUGAGCAGCUUAAGCCCAUCCAACAGAUCUGCCUUUUUAGUGGAUUUCUGUCAUCACAGAGUAAAUUAGGUGAGCGUUAUAUCACCAAGAUGUGAUAACAUCCAUAUCUAUGUCAAUCAGCACUGUGCUGAAACCCAAUUUCAGCCCUAGUUUAGGGCAGCAGUGAUUAGAAGCAGCAAUGAUAGAGGAGGUCAGGAUUAAAGCAUGGAUGAGUUUAAACAGUAUUUACAAAACAUACAUAUUAGGUAAUCAGAACACAUCAACAGUGGCCUGCUAAAAUGUGGGUGACUGUUAGAUUUGUUUAAACUUGAUUUGAAUUUGAUUAUAUGCUACAAGAACUUGAAUUACAAUAUAAAUUGGUAUUUAAUUAAUUAUAUGUGAAUUUUAAAUACUUUGUGGAAAAUUAUGCCGGUUUUCAUCCACAUAUUUGAUUUUGAUGCAAAUUAUAUACACUUAAAAAGUCAAACUUAUGACUAUAUAACUAUACUAUAUGACUAUAUACAUAGUAUAACCUUCUACUAUUGCUUUUAUUUCUUUUGAAUCUUGUCAAGCCAGCAAGAAAGUAAACCCUUCUUUAAAAGAUUGGGUCAGUUAUACAAGGAAGGUUUACACAACUAUUAUUGACUAAAAUUUUAAGACGUUUUUUGCGUUUUGGCAAUUUUGAUUUUUUUUUAUACAAUAGCAGCUUUUAAAAGUAAAAACACAAUCUAAUAGAGCCUCUUUAUAAAGAGGCAUAGCCACUUUACUGGACUGGGAUGUGUAAUACAGCUACAAAAUAUUACUAUUUGAGACAAAUGAUGUUCUUCAGAACUUUAUAUUGCUGAAAGAACACAAAGGUUCCACAAAUAUAUCAAGCACAACAUAGAAACAUUUAAAAUCAAUUUCAGAUCGCAUUACUGCUACAUAAAUUCUUCUUAUUGAAGCCUUGUUGAGCAUAAACAGUACUGUAUUGUAUGACAAGAGUUGCAGUUCUAUUUAAAUAUCACUUACUGUGUGUGAACAUCAAUACAUUUGAAUGUCUUUUCUAUCUAACAUUCUCAUGUCUGCGUCCUGUUUGCUACCUCAAGUCAAAUUCAGUUUAAAUGAGCAAAAUUAGUUACCGAACCAGAAUAAAACAUUGGUAUAAUAGGUCAUUUUGAAUAGGUAUUUCUGAAUAGCUCACACACAGACCAAUGUCCUUUAUGUGUGACAUUUUGUAACGGGUAAGAUUAAUUUAAAGUGUAACAAUGCAUACUUGGCUAGAUGCAAUUCUACAGUUAGGUACUAGAUUGUUAGUAGAUUAUGUUACUAUAUUUUAUUAAAUGAUUAUUUCCUAUCAAUCAAAUGGCAGAUACAGUGCAUCCGGAAAGU